GUGGAACAUAGAUAACUUACCAAAAAAAAAAAAAAAAACCAAAGUGCAAAACCAUGCGUGAUAAUUUCAUUUCCCUAACAAGAAGUAUUAGUAUUUAGUAGUUCCUCACAUUUUAUCUCCACUUCAAUUUGUCCUUUCAAAACAUAGAAACCUCAAACCUUAUUUCAAAUUUCUUUAUAAAGAUCUAAUCUUUGCAUUACCAAAAACCCCACAUCACAACAACAACAACAACACUCAAACUAACAUACAUACAAAUCAAUGGCGGAGGAGUGUAAAACCCCGGCAACACAACCACCAGAAGCGGUGGCAGGGUUGGAGAUGGGUGGUCCAUUAGUGUCACCUUCUCCUUUUCCGGUAAGCCGGAAAGUAAAGCCGGCAACAAUUGAUGGUGUUCAUUUAAUUCUUAGGGUGUUUUGCUUAAUAAGUUCAAUGGUGGGAUUAUCUCUAAUGGUUACUGCUAAACAAUCUUCAACUCUUUCUCUUUAUGGUUUUCAGCUCCCUGUUUACUCUCACUGGUCUUAUGCUGAUUCCUUUGAAUACUUGGUUGGAGUUUCAGCAACAGCUGCAGCUCAUUCAUUACUUCAGUUGUUGAUCAGUGUUUCGAGGUUGCGAAAGAAGGCUGUUGUUAUACCUUCUCAGAAAUAUGCAUGGAUUAUGUAUGCUGGUGAUCAGAUAUUUGCAUAUGCUAUGAUGAGUGCAGGAUCAGCUGCUUCAGGGGUAACAAGCUUGAACAGAACAGGAAUCAAACACACAGCUCUGCCCAACUUCUGCAAACCCUUGCACACCUUCUGUAAUCGCGUUGCUGCCUCCAUUGUUUUCACCUUCUUGAGUUGCUUCUUCCUCGCCGCAUCUGCUGUUCUUGAUGUUAUUUGGCUAACCUGUUACUGACCCUUAAUUAACCAGUUAGUUAACUCCUGUGAUUUCUUGUGAACAAUGAGAUUCUGAUUUGGAGAUGUAUUGUGGUAAUUAGUCAUUGCAUAAUUUGUUGUUUAAGUGAUUUAUUGUUGAUGUUGGGAAUUUGGAAUCAAUAUUCUUGACUAAAUUGAAUCAUUUGAAGAUCCUAUCUAGAAAAUAUGAAGGAGAAGGAGAUUGUAGAUUAGUUCAAAUGUUUUGUGUUGUGAAGCUUGUUAGUUCAUCAAGGAUUGAUUUUUCUAGAGAACAAUAUGUACUUGAGAAUGUCAUAGGGUUGAUGAAGAAACUAUGAACUUCCUACUUA